UUCAAAUAUGACCGUUACUUUUCCCCCCAUUUCAUCCCCUAAAUCUCAACAAAUUCCCUUCACUUCUCUCACUCUGCUUCAAGAAACCUUGAACAACAUCAUCCCCAAUUCCCAUAUUUCUCUCAAUCUCCUCAAAUCUUCCACCAAUUCCAUCAAAUCAAAUCAAAAAAAUGGGUCUAACAAUCGUCUCUCCAUCAAGCUCAGAACCCCAUUACAAGACCAAAAAACUCUUCCUUUACAGCAAUUACAUGCUCUUAGGAGCAGCCACAAGCUGCAUAUUCCUAACCCUUUCCCUCCGCCUCAUUCCAUCUCUUUGCGGCUUCUUCUUCAUCCUCCUUCACCUCCUCACCAUCCUUGGCGCUUUAGCAGGUGCUCAUGCUGCCAGCACUGGUGCUCACUGCUGGUACGGUGCUCACAUGGCCACCACAGUCCUCACCGCCAUCUUUCAGGGAUCCAUAUCAGUCCUUAUCUUCACUAGGAGUGAUGAUUUCUUGGUUAGCCUUAAAUCCUAUGUUGAAGAGAGUAGUGGGGUUAUGAUCUUGAAAUUGGCUGGUGGACUUUGUGUGCUUAUGUUCUGUUUGGAAUGGAUUGUUCUUACUGUUGCCUUCUUCUUAAAGUAUUAUGCUGUUGUUGAAGGUGAUGUUAAUGGCGGAAUGAAAAAGAGUACAGCUAAAGUUGGAAGUUCAGAUGAAGAAUUGGGCUAUUUGCCUUACCCUGCUGGACUUAAUGUGUAGAAAUUGAUAGAGAAAAUUAAGCAAAUUGAAAAGGGCAUUGCUACUUUGAUGCCAUGAUUAGGAUGAUGAUGUUAAUUGUUAUGUGUUUUAAAUGAAUUGAGUAUUCUUUCAUUCUUUAAUUUCUGUAAUUUUAAUGUGGUUUUGGUGUAAUAUUCUUAAUGGGUUAUAUGGUAUAUGUAUAAUGUAAGUUGUAAUAGAGAUUAUAUUAAGAAAUCUUUUUUAUUUUUUAUUUUUUUUACUAUUUCAGGAGUAUGCUAUAUGAUUAAUAGCUAUAAAAAU